UUUCAGGGAAUCAUGAAUACUACUAUACCGAGCCUCGUAGAUGGAAGGUUGAAUGCACCUCCGACGAACAGGACAAGUUUUUCAGAGUUAGAUCGGCUGAACAGUGUGACGAGCUUUCUGGAUGAAUUAGCAAGUGAUUAUCAUGAAUACAGGAAACUAGGGAAUCAGGAAAGUAAUGUUGAAAUAAUGGACAAGGAUGAAAUGCAUGGGUAUAAUGGACAGAUGGACCAUUAUCACAUGCAUGAAAUGAAUGAUGGAUUGAUGAAACACGGAAAAGGACAUGACUAUCAGCAUGAUGGGCAUGGUGCGCAUAAUAUGAAGAUGUGGUUUCAUUUCGGUUAUCGUGAAAUAAUUUUAUUCGAAUUUUGGCAAAUCGAGUCUUUGUAUGGUCUCUUGCUUUCUUGUUUACUGAUCUUCAUAAUGGCUUGCUUUUACGAAUGGAUUAAAUGGUUUCGUGUUUAUCUGCAGCUUUCUGCUGCGCGAUGUCCUCCAAGUUGCCAACAUGCCAAUAAUGAAAGAAAGUUAGAUGAAGUAAAACAAGAUGACGAUAAACGUACUGGCUGCAACUGCUCUUCUGUAUCUGCUCCUCUGAGGAUCACUCUAUCGCCUGGUUAUCAGCAAGUUUCUACCAGGACAGCAAAGGAGGAUAUUUCUCCUACAAUUCGAUUGUUGCAAGCAGUCCUUUAUCUUGUGCAGCUGACGUUGGCAUAUUGCUUGAUGCUUAUUGCGAUGACUUAUAAUGUUUGGUUAACCAUAGCUGUAAUUGCGGGUGCAGCUUUCGGACAUUGGUUAUUUGCUAUCUUAAAAUGUUUUAAUCCAGAAACCGACGAUUUGGAUACAUUUGCUACUGAUGCCUGCCAUUAGAAAUAAGUUUUUCAUUUCCAGUGUUCCAUCAGUAAUGGUUCGCUGAUCAUAUGUCUGUAUUAACUGUAUUGCUGAAGUAUUAAUUUAAUUUGUCUUAGUUUUUCUGAAGUAUUAAUUCGAUUUGCCUAAUUUAUUUUAGUUUUUAAACUGUCAGAUUCAGGGUAUAAGUUCUUACUUUUUUUUUUUUU